GGAUUCGAUUUCGACCAGAAAAGGCAGGGGAAGCGGUGAAGUGGCGAUAUUGGGAUGCACAAAUUUCGAAAAUUCAAUUGCAGCGUCAACGGCGCCGUUCAUGUCAGAUCAGAGCUUCAAGCUCGACCAGAAAAUCAACAGAAGAAGGACGGCGAUAAGGAGAUAGCUUAGACGGACGAAACUGCAAUUGAGGAAGAAGAGCAAGAAAUUGGAGGAGGAAAGUGCGAGAACAAGAGGCGUGGAGAGGAGGAUCAUAACUGUGAAGCUUUGAGCAAAUUCAGAGUUGAAGGAUCAUCUUCACGCUUUGUUAGAUCAUCAGGAGAUUUGGAUAUUCAUUUCUAGUGAUUUUGCUGGGUUAUUGUAAAGGGAUAUGCCAUCAAAUGAAAAUGGGCACAGCAAUAAGUCUCCGGUUUAUUUUAGCUGCUGGAAUUUGGAUCUUCCCUGUUGAAGUUGCUUGCUAACUUUUUGAUCUUUCUGUUUGAAUUAUAUUUGUUUCAGUUAUGGUUUUAGUUAUUAACAAGCAAUUAGAUUUGGUUUAGUUGUUCUCAAUUAGUUGCUUUUUUAGUCAACUGAAGAAAGACCAUGGAUUCGUGUUUAUGAUUUCUCUCCACCUUUCUUGCAGCAAAAUAAAAGUCACCCAAAAAGAUUUUUAUUCAUAGUUAAAUGAAUCUCAUUUUCUGACGUCUUUUACUCAGUAAGGAAGAAUUAAAGCAAGAAGAGUUAAGAAUUGAUAAGGGAUCGUUUGACCUCACGCCCAAACACAUCCUUGAUCUACCCAGAGAAUUCCUUGAGUUCUUGUGCGAUCAUUUAUCGUUUAGAGAUCAAAUUCAGUUUGCUAGAUGCUGCAAGUCAUUGUACUCAUUGGCAUUUAGAAGGCCUAACCCUAAAGCACGUGGGAAGCCAUGGCUUAUUGGACUUGCUGAAAAUCCUACUCUCUGUGGAAGAAUAUACAACGAGGUAACAUACCAUCAGAUACAAGCAAAAUCAUUCAAGCAUUCUGAUCCACAUAUUAUUGGAUCCUUCAAGGGAUGGAUAUAUGUGCAAUAUAAAUUAUACAAUUUAACUCAGCUUAUAAAUAUCUUCUCCAAUAUUCAUUAUGAUCUCCCACCUUUGUCUACUGUAAAGAAUUUUAUACCUUCUGAGAUAAAGCACAUUAGAGCUUUUGCAGUAUCAUUUUGUAAAUCUAUGAGACCAACUAUGAUUGCAACUGUUUCUGGUCUUGGAAACUUAGCCUUUUUCAAGAUUGGAGGCAGGGAAUGGAAAGGUCACAAAAGAGAAGAACAGUAUGUUAACCUGACAUUUUACAAUGUGAAAAUGUAUGUUAUGAGAAAGGAAUUUAAGCUGGUUGACAUAUUUGAAAUUGACGAGAAUUUGGAGCUCUCUCUUGUGGGUGUUAUAGAUUCUUCAGAAGUUAUUGAUGCUUCAUUACCAUUGCCUCCACCCUUCCUGGCCUACCUAGUGGUGGAUUCUAAAGAUAAUAAUCUUUUUGUUGUGUUACAACAUCGUAAGAUGUUUGGCUCUGUUUUGAUGGCCAUUGAGUUCGAGAUCUUUAAGACAAAAGAUGGAGAUCAAUUAGUGAAAGUGGAUGCGUUGGAUGGUCAAAUUGUGUUAAUGAGUGACACAUGUUCUGAGAUUAUUGAUGUUAAAGAUUGCUUUCCUUCUGCAUUUUUCCGGGGAAGCCAAAUAUGUUUCACUACUGGAUUUGAUCAUGAUUUUGGCAUUUAUUCCUUCAAUGAUGAAACCAUCAAAUGGUUAUUUCCACUCAAGGAAAUGUAUUUUCUACAUUGGAUGUUUCCUAGACUUGCAUCUUAUUGUGAAUCACAACCUUCAUCAUCAUCAUCAUAACUAUUUUCUGCUACUAUUAUUCUUCUCUGUAAAUUGAUAUACUGCAACAACAAAAAAUUCCUGGAUUUUUGGAUGCUCAAGACCAUGUUCUUUUAGAUUUAUUUCACUU